AUGCCAGCUUUUAGCUUAAGUUCACAGAUUACUCUUGAAUCUCUGUGCUACGUAGCCAUUGCUUGCUUAUACGCUUUCACGCCAUCAAGUCGGAAGGAGAGGACUCUUUCCGGAAUAUUUGUUUCUCUGCUUGCCGUAGUGAUUGUCUUAUCAGUGGCCAAUGACAAGCGCAGCAACGCUACCGUGGCUCUGGCAGUGUACUGCAUAUGGAAGCUUCGUUCUCGUGGCUGCACAGAAGCACCUGCUGCUGAUGCGGAGGUGCCACUUGCACCGGUGCAGGAAGAAGCAAGAUGCAGUGCUCCCGUGCAGCAGGCCAUGCUCCACCUCCACACCGAGGAUCUGCCACGGUGUAGUAGUACUCCGGUGCAGGUGCAGCAGACCACGAUCCACAUCGAGCAACUGCCACGGAAGUUCACGUACAACGAGAUCCGAGCCGUCACCGGAGACUUCGGUACCAUGGUGGGUCGCGGCGGCUCCGCCGAAGUCUACCGAGGCCGCCUCGACGACGGCAGGGCGGUCGCCGUCAAGCGGAUCACCAGCGACAAGCCUGUCGGGGAGACUGACUUCCUGAGAGAGAUCUCCAUCGUGGCGAACGUGCACCACCGCAGCCUGCAGCCAGUACCACCUGGUGUACCCGUUCUUCGAGAACGGGUCGCUAGACUGGUGGCUGUUCCACGGCGAGGAGCGGAGGCGCCUCCUGCCGUGGCCGACGCGGCGCCGCAUCGCCGUCGACGUCGCCAGGGCGGGGCGCUCGCGUACCUCCACCACGAGUGCCACCUCCAGAUCCUGCACCUCGACAUCAAGCCGGCCAAUAUCCUCCUCGACAGCGGCCUCCGGGCGCACGUGUCGGACUUCGGCAUCUCCAUGUCCAUCGCCCAGGACGGUCGGAGCACGGUCGGGUACAUGGCGCCGGAGAUGCUUGUCAGCUCACUGUCCGCCAAGUCCGACGUGUACAGCUACGGCAUGAUGCUCCUCGAGCUUGUCGUCGGGCGCCGAAGCGUCGACCCCGGAAGCGCCGCCUCGUCCGAGACUGCGGACCUCUUCGCCCGUGUUGUGCGGGAUAAGAUGGUGCGAGGCGAGCUAGUGGAGCUGGUGGACACGGCCAUGGCGCACGUGGACGUGCGGGAGGUGGAGGUGGCUGUGAAGGUGGCGCUCUGCUGCAUCCAGCAUAGCCGUGACGUGAUCAGGCCCAGCAUGCUUACUGUUUUGGACAUGAUUGAAGGCCGUGUGGCAGUCGAUCUGCCGCUGGGCCGGGGACGUCCGUCUCCGUUGCGGAUUUCAUGGAACCACUUUCCUCGCCAGUCGCGCGUUAUCGGUGAUAAAUAA